AUGGCCGGUGAUAAUAGGAAAGAAGGCGUUGUUUCUUGGCCGAAAGUUGUACUUUUUGGAGAUUCCCUUACACAGCGUGGUUUCUCUUCAGAGGGCUGCUGGUGUUCCUUGACAGCUGACUAUCUUACAAGGAAAUGUGAUGUAUUGAACAGAGGUUUUUCUGGUUACACCUCUCGCUGGUGUAAGCUUGCUCUGCCAAAACUUGUCACCUCAACUGAGGCCAAAGACAUUUUGCUUUUUACCAUCUUCCUGGGUGCCAAUGACUCCAAUGACAGCAUUAUCAACCUCAGACAGCAUGUCCCAUUGGAGGAGUUCAAGCAGAACCUGGUAGAAAUAGUUGAGUACUUACAGAGUAUAGGUGUUGGUCGUGAUAAGAUUGUUCUGAUUGGACCCCCAGCCGUUGAUGAACAGGCUUGGGCCAGAUAUUCCAGGGAGGUAAACAAUAUGGAGAGUGGUAAGACAGAUGCCCUCACCAAGGCUUAUUCUCAGGCAGUGAGUCAAGCUGCUUCUCAGUCUGGGACAGAAUUCAUCGAUAUCUUCUCUGAGAUGAAAAAGUCAGAUAACUGGCGCACAAUGUUGGUUGAUGGCCUCCACUUUUCCAACACUGGCUCUCACUUUGUCUUUGAUAUUCUCAAGCCUACCAUUGACCGCCGUACCUCCCAUUUACCUACACUGCUCCCUGACUGGAAGGACGUCAACACGGAAAACCCAGAGGAUUCCUUUAAUAGACUGUGAUGUUAGGGCUACUUAUUAAAGAGCUGUUGAUAUUUUUAAUUUUAUCUAAGGUUAUUAUGGGUAUAUGAUAAUAUUUUGUAAUGUGAAUAAGUUCUCCAGUACUGUAUUAAAGAAAAUUUCAACGACAUUUAUAGAUCAAAACCAUAGAUGGGCAGCACAUCACAAAUAUAAUUGAGAUGAGAUGUGUUGUAAGGCGAAGUAACUAUUCACACUUAGAGAACCUCACUUGCUCCAAUACCGGUCCUAAGUACACAUAUUGGUGCUGGCAUAAUACAUUCGUAUCGUUAAAGCUAACUACUGUGUUACAGACAAGCAUUUUAUUUUUGUACAUGUAAUUUUUUAAAACCAUUUUUUGAGAUUGCAAAGCUUACCACCAUGAAGCUUUGCACCUUGAAGCUAAAACAAUAAACUAUUUAUAA